AUGGCGGACGCCGUCCUUGUGGGUAAUUUGCAAAAUCAGCUAGAUCGUCUGAUGAAUCAAUUAUCCGAUCUUGAAGAAGAGAGGUCUAAUAUGGACGCAAAAGAGUAUGAAGAACUGAAAUCAGAAACUAUGGAGCAACUUGAGGAUCUCAGCCGAACGUUGGAGAAAAUGACUGGAGGAACCAUCACUGUGAUAGAUAAUCUCACUGCUACACGAAUGGCUGUUAGAGCUGCGAUCAGUCAAGCAUUCCGAACACCUGAGAUAGUGGCGUUAUUCGCAAGAAAGCAACCAGCAGCAUUACGGCAAAAGCUCAUCGUGAUGGAUAACGAGCUGCGUAUGCAGAAAAUAUCAGAGAAAGAAUACAACGCUCGAAAAUUGGAGAUACUGACUGCUUUGGUGAAUUUGAAAGAAGAGCUGUCGGACGAUGAAAAAGCUUUUCUGAAACAGAAACAAUCAGCAAAUCUUCCACACUUCGAUUUGGAGGCUACUUCUGGAAAUACUGAAUUUUUAGUUGUCGACGAAUUGGGAGGAAAAUUUCAUGAGACGUUUUCUGCUCAUGUUGACGUCGGUGAUGACAUAGAAGCCAUGGACUGCACUGAAUGGGAUGAUGCUAUUAGGAACUCUCCCACAGAGGACAUCAUAACUACCUCCAAUGAAACUUCUAUCUCUUCAAAACCAACAACAACAAUGAACGAGUGCGAAGACAUGGAGAUUGAUUUUACGGAAGAUCUUCGACAAGUACGAGGAAUUCACUACACCCACGGCGCAGAAUCGUUGAAUCCCAACAACGCAAAUCCUUUCAUCUUACCUGGUACAAGUCGUUGCUGUGUUGUGUUUGAUACUUGCGUCCUAAUCGAUGAUCCAGACCUUAUAAAUGACUGCAUUGAAAAGCUUGUACCUAUAGUUAUUCCAUAUCGUGUUUUCUAUGAGCUUGACAAUAUGAGGAAGAUAACAUCCACUUCACCAUCUGGAGUGCAGUUACGAUCGUCGUUCGCCCCUGUGGAUGGAUUUGUAACCAGUUCCAGUGAAGAAAUUAACGACGACUUUAUUCUGAAAUGCGCCUUUCAAAUGAAGACCUUAUUGGAAGCGCGAAGAGAGGGUUGGGAAACGGUGUUCCUCACAAACGACCAUGUGUUAUCGCUAAAAGCUCAUGCACACAGGAUACCCUGCUACACUGGAAAGGAAGCGAAAGCUAUUCUAAGAGGAGCUGCCUCUCCCUUAUCCAACCGAACGCUUGAUGUUUCUCCUGGGAUACAAGAGCCGCGCGAAAGAGUCGGACAUGAAGUUGGAAUAAAGUUCCUGUCAGAACAGACUUCGAUUGUGCUGGCUUGCCAUUUGUUCCUUAUUAAAAGCGAGAAAGAUCCCACAUUUGCAGUUAGCCUCUCAAGUACUCAAUUUUUGAGAGUUUCGCCAUCAGGUUCGAGUUCGACACGAUCACGAAAGAAGGAUUCUUCAUCGAUUGUCCUGAAAAAACCGCUUCUAUCGUCAGCUAAAAAGGGGAAGACGAAAGUUUGCCGUAUGCAAGUUACCAACGAGGCAGCAGGCAUAAAAGGAGACAUGGAUGCUCUGAAGGAGUUCUCAAAAAUUUGGAGUGGUCUUGUUUCCACAUUGAAAAAGAGACUUAAGAAGUCUUCUCCGAAGGAGAAAAAGGAAGUCUUACGGCUGAAAGAAAGUGUGUCACUGUUCCGUAAAAAACCAACUGAAGAGAAUCUACUAAUGUUGGUCCAGAUGACUGUAUGGCUAUAUGUUUACUACCUCCCACCUUCGAGUAAACAACAAAAGAUUGACUACAAGGAGUUACUGAAGAAUGGGCUGUUAAAACAGAUCAGCACUCCUGGACGAAGAUCUCAGAGACUGAUGGAAGCAUUUCGUAAUUUCAGCAGCGAUUUUGCGUCGAUAGAGAGUGAAAAAGUGUAA